CAAAGUCAGUUCCAAAACCUGAUUCUGUAUUAAAAUGAAGCCAGAAUAAUAUUAAAUAGGAAAAGAUCAAUAUAUCUAACACCAUCCUCAUCGUGACGUAUGAAAAUAUUGGCGCAUGCGCAUAAUGUACUAGCCUUGAUUCUGAGGUGAAUUCGGUGAGAUACACUAGCGUUCCGUAUCGGGACUGUGACAGGGGAAUUCUGGACGUAUAUCUAGUAAUAUAUAUUUACGGAUUAUGACAUGUACACGCUCAGGAUUGGUAUAAUGUUAAGCGUCCUGACGAUCACAACUGUGAGGGGCGACAACAUGAAUGGAACCGAAGACGUUAACUUAAUGUCCAAUAAAAACAACUCUACCAAUGUAUCAGCCAUAAUUGAAAAUCUCCUACAGGGAUACGAUAUACGACUUAGGCCAUAUUUUGGAGGUGAAGCUUUACAUAUAGACAUAGACCUCACAGUGGCAAGUUUUGAUAGUAUAUCAGAAGUUAAUAUGGACUACACAAUCACAAUGUACCUCAAUCAGUAUUGGAGGGAUGAACGCCUCCAGUUCUCAGACAAAUCAGAUACAGACUACAUGACCCUAACAGGGGAUUUUGCUGAAAAAAUAUGGGUGCCAGAUACAUUCUUUGCAAAUGAUAAACAUUCUUUUUUACAUGACGUCACAGAGAAAAAUAAAAUGGUGCGGCUUUAUGGUAACGGAAGCAUAGCAUAUGGAAUGAGGUUUACCACUACCUUAGCUUGUAUGAUGGAUCUUCACAAUUAUCCAUUAGAUAUGCAGAACUGCACAGUUGAAAUUGAGAGCUAUGCUUAUCCUAUGCAAGAUAUCGAGAUGCACUGGAGGGGAAAUACAGAUGCAGUGAAGGGCAUCGACAAGGUAGAGCUGGCUCAGUUUGAUAUUGUCCAAUGGUAUCCUGGGGAAAGAAUUGAAAGACUAGUAACAGGUGCGUACCAGAGGUUGUCGCUCAGUUUUUUACUGCAGAGGAAUAUAGGGUAUUUUGUGUUUCAAACGUACCUGCCAUCAAUACUUAUUGUGAUGUUGUCCUGGGUUUCAUUCUGGAUAAAUCACGAGGCAACGUCCGCUAGAGUUGCUUUAGGUAUCACGACGGUAUUGACAAUGACAACCAUCAGUACCGGAGUUAGGUCUACUUUACCAAGAAUCUCAUAUGUGAAAGCUAUAGACAUAUACCUAGUACUCUGCUUCGUGUUUGUAUUUGCGGCACUGCUGGAGUACGCCGCCGUGAACUACACAUACUGGGGUGCCAAAGCGAAGAAGAAACGGAAAAGAAAAAUGGAGGAAGAGGCGGCUGACCGCGCUCGACAAGAGCAAGAGGAGGGAUAUGGCGAUAAUAUAGAACUACAGGAAGUGCGACUCUCGCCAAUACUUAGUUUACGCAACAAACAAAACUUUAAUUAUGACUGCAAUGAUGGGAAUGUAAGAAUAUCGCCAUCUACAUAUCGUAUCCCAACAACAGUUCCUCGAGCCUCUUAUCCAGUAAGAGGCCAUCCGAACUUAGUGCGGAGAAAAAACCCCUAUGGCUUCCAAAAGAGAAAAAAGGUGAUCACAAAUAUAAAGAAUAAAGCAAAGCAACUCAAAGAAAAAAUACCAACAAUUGACGAUGUCAAUCAAAUAGACAAAUAUUCAAGACUCUUAUUUCCUUCGCUAUUUAUAGGAUUUAAUGUUUGCUAUUGGACAUAUUAUCUAAUGCAGAAGACCACCUGAGACGUGAUUUCAAAUGUUUCAUAUUUAACUGCAUCUAAAAAUUGUCAUGAUGGUCAUAUAUUGUACUCUGGAGGUUUUACAAUAAUUUAAAGAGGGCAGUUUUUAUAUCAUGUAAAUAAUUGUAAAUGUACAUGGCUAACAACCAAUUUAUUGAAUAAAACUGUAAAUGGUAAGAGUAAUUGAUGGUAUCACUCCACCAUUGAUUUGCUGAUUUACUACUUGCCGCUAUUAACCUAAAUAUAACCAAAUAAACUCAAACCGUUUUCACCAAACUUGGUCCAACCAUCACAAGGUAGAUUUCCCUCUACACUCUGUCAUGGUUACCAUGAAAUAUUUUUGCAAUGAAAUAUCAAUUUCUAUGAGAUAACCGAGGGUAACUAUGUCUUUAAAUGUAUUAGAAGGGCUUGGAUUGAAAGGUCUUGGCACGACUUUUGAUGGGGUAAUACCAGAUGAAAUAGCCGUUGUAUGGCCAUCAUGACAAGCUCAAUGGGGUAUAUAUUUUCUUCUAGUUUCUUGCUACAUAAUAUAGACCAUUUACCAAUGGUAACCUUGCUCCAUGUGAGAUAUGGGAAGAAAAUAUAUAAUACUAUUGUUACCACUUUUGUAUACCAUGCAUUUUCGAAUUAGAUUAAUUUUGUAAGAAAGAAGAUAGUGUUGCAAACUCAUGUUAAUGAUCAUAAAAGUGUCAAACUACUUAUGCACA